GAGAAGAUGUCUGUGGAAGAGGGGCGCGCGCGCCCGGCGUCCAGACGGACAGCGGUGAAAUGCAUGUGGGCGCUUUUUCCUCACGUCGUGCUCAUCCUCUCUCUCAUCGGCUACGCCGUGCUCGGUGCCCUCCUCUUCCAGGUGCUCGAGGGACGCUCCAGAAACGACACGGACGAAUACCGAAAUUUCGUGCGCCAAGUCGUCGCCACCGUGCGCAAUCAUUCCGACGAGUCUGAGGAGGUUCUCGUGGGGGCUUUAGAGCAGAAGAUCAGAACGGACUACCAAGCUGUGUGGUUUCAGAGUUAUGAAAAGUGGACCUUUUAUGGCUCGCUCUUCUUCUGCUGCACCGUCUUCACCACUGUGGGCUAUGGAGAGAUCUACCCAGUGACUAGGUCUGGAAGGGCAGCAUGUAUCAUCUAUGCCAUGCUGGGAAUUCCACUCAUGCUGCUAGUCAUUUCAGAUGUUGGUGACAUUCUGGCAAUGUUCGUCUCCAAUGGUUACCAAAGGUUGCACUCUUCCUGCAAACAUGUUCUCUCUCAGCUGUGGAGCCUCUGUAGAAGCGGGGGAAACCGCUCCCUCAACAACAGGAUCUAUGGUUCCAGUCAGGACAUAGCGAUGAGUAAACCACUGGACCUCCGUGACGUUAUGCUCACCCAGUCAUCUGUUAAGCAAAGGUCCAUCCAGUUUCUCAAAAAUGUUGCAAUCUUUGAACGCAUCAUCGCACGGGAGAAGUUUGGUCAGAACGGACCUCUGACGCGCACGUGCUCUUGCCCCCAGCUCAAUCAGAUGCCGCCUGUGCCUUUGGGCUUCAAGAUGUGGGACUUUAAUACCAUCGGCCAAGAGAUGGAGCGUUUGAAUGUGCCAUUCAUGCUGAUCCUGCUUGUUGUCUUUGCUUAUAUACUGAGCUGGGCAUUGAUCCUUCCACUGUGGGAGACGGACUUAAACUGGUUCGAUGCUUUCUACUUCUGCUUCAUAACACUCACAACCAUUGGCUUUGGUGACAUUGUACCCAAGCACCCCAAGUUUUUCAUGCUGACCUUCCUCUUCAUCAUCACAGGCAUGGCCAUCAUGAGCAUGGCCUUCAAGCUGGGCCAGUCACGCAUCAGCAGCGGUUACCACCGCUGCAUCGGCUGCCUCAGCUGUCUCAACUGUCUUGGCAUGGGAAAGAAAGGCAAAUAUAAGGUUCAGGGCAAGUGAAGUGGGAAACAUUUGAAGGAUCCAUGCGUAAAGUAAACAGAUUGUAAUUGACUAAAGAUUCCUUUAAGGUUCCUUUACCUUUUGCUCAUCUAAUUUAGCUAACUGAUUUUCAUUUUCAGUGCUUGGGCUUCCACAAGCUCCAUGGAAAGUUGUAGAUCGUUGAGAUGGACAGUGGAUGAAUUAUAAGUAUUUAUGAUGCAUGAGAGUGGGCUCCAUUUCAGCUUUUCACAUUUCUCUCUACUGAAUACUGGAGAUUGUUGGAGUACUAUGGAGAGCUGCAUAUCAGAUCUGCCAGUGUGGUGAAAGAGACCAAACUGGACUGGUUUGCAGUCCUGCCAGUGUUUAUGUUAUUUUGUUUGAUCACAAACUGAUUUCUUUUACUCUUUUUCUCUGUUGCCGUUUUCAUGGUCAUGAAGUGCUAGAGCAGCACCAAAAGGGCUUAUGAUAUUCACCAGAGUAGAGCCAGAACUCAUUUUGGUCCAAAAAUGAUAUCAACCUAGUCUGUCUUAGCAUAAACACAACGCCGAACAGUAUUUUCCUGACCUGGAGCAGACAGUCCCAUGUAUUACAACAUAGUUUUGUAGAUGUACACUCUCUGCAUCCCCUAACUUCAACAUAAAUAGCAAAUACAUAUAAAACAAACUCAGUUGUUGCUACCCAUCUUUAUAAAAAUACUCUUUUUCUCCACAGCCCAUUUUUAGAGUCGUAUCACUUGUGUGGAUGGUCACAGAACUACAGAGAAUAUACAAUAUAACACCAUGAUCCUUUGCCUUAUUCUUGCUUUUGCUAUGUGAUCGUGAACAACAGUGUUUUAGACCAAGCACAAAUAUUGUAGUAUGCCUGAUUUAUUCAUUUCCAUUGUUUGGACCCUGAGAAAUGUGGGGGGUUUUUUACAGCAUGGUAAUAAAAAAUCAAAGUUCAUGUACCAGGACUGGGGCGUUGAGCAGGUCCCUCUAUGUCUACAUUGCAUGUUAUGAGACCUGGAGGUCACUUCACAAUGUGCCAAAUGAAUUCAAAUGGUUUACUGGUGCUCAGACCUGACAACGUGAUGAUUAACAGUGCAGAAUAUGCAAAGCUUGGCGCUCCAAGACUGAGUAUAUGCACAAUGUGUUACAGUUUGAUAACCCAUAUAUCCAGAUACCAAGGGAAAAAGUCAUUUUAUGUGACAUAAAGUUAUGAGAUAUAACAAAACCGAUGGUUUGUUAGCCUCUAAAAGGUGAAAAACAAAUCCUCUCUACAAAAAAACAAACGACUGUACGGUAUUAUUACAUAUUUGAAGCAACCGUACACGAUAAAGUAGUGCUGUCGUAACUGACUGUACCUCUUGAAAUUCAGUUAAAAGUUGAGAAAUACUCUCCUCCUCGUGUGUGCUGGAAUAAAUAAGAUGAAACCUGAAUUAAAUGUACUAGCUUGAGUAAUAAUAUUCCACGUAUACGGAGGUUAGAAAUAAUUCUGUAUAAAAAGAAGCAGCUCUUUCUAGUCCAGCUAAUACAGUGUAACACUGCGUUUGAAUUGCAUCAAAAUACCUGUUGUGUAAGAAUAACUUGAAAUAGGAGAUUUGGUUAAUCCGGAGCAGAAUAAACACUUCAACUGUAAUAUACAGUAGCUUUGGUUAUGCUAUAUCCUUUACCGUGUGAGGCCCACGGAGUGAAAUUACGAGAACCAUCUUAGCCUUUGUCACAUUCAGUUCGUCCCGGCUGUUUAUUCAUAUUGACAGUACUCAAUGGGUUGUGAGUAAUAAUGUCAUUUACUAACACACUCAUUGUUCCAAGAUGAGAAUAAAGUACACUAGGCUAAGAUCUGAUGUGAAACUGCUCAGUAUUUCAUGUACAGUAUGUACAGUCUUACAUAUCUCAAAACAUCAACUUGGCUUGAUUAUAAGACUUGAUUCGGUUUCGGAUUUCUUGAUGAACUUUCCAUUUGCAUAGAAACGACAUCGCACAGAGAGUGCAUUUGAUGUGGGUUGUUCUUUUCCUGUAAACAACUUACUUUCUAUAAACCACACGACACAACUGUAAAUGAAAGGUAUUCUGUUAUUGUUUCACUGGCAUCAGAAGGCACGUAUUCUGCUUCAUCUGACCAGAUCAAUUCGAUGCAUUUAUUCGACUGAGAUGGCUUCUUGUGAAUGAAUGUUGAAAAUGUAUGAAAAAAUAAAAUGAGAAGAAAGUGUUUGUUUCAGUGUGUUUCAGUUGCUUAGAGGGCAGCAGAGGUUCGACAUUUCCCCUUCACUUUGUCUUAUCAGAAAUGCUGAACGGGUAGAAGAAUUCGAUGGCGUAAAUCAGGAGCGCCCAAACUUUCUGUGUAAACAUUAUGAAUUAUGAAUUUUCUGCGACCCCAGACCUUGACCACUUGACUACUUUUCUUUUUUUUUUUUUUUUUUACAGAUUUAUACUUGUAAAUCCAUUUUAAAUAAAUGUUUUGGCGUAUUUCCACGUUCGUUUUCUUGAUCUCUCCUCUUCUUUUUCCCCUGAGCCAGAGUCACUUGAUGUAGUCAGGAAAGUGGAUGUAGGGGGACAGAAAAAUGUGUCCAUUUUUAUUGCUAACUUCCUUGUGGCUUGUUUCACUGUGACUCCCAGUAGUUAGAGUGAUAUUAAUAAUAUUCAUCUGUAAUAUAAAUUAAUAAAACACAAGAGGAGACUGUGAGUUUCCUUCCUGACCCUGUUUGUAAAUCAAGUGACCCCACAUGAGGUCACGAAGCCUAAUUUGGAAACCUCUGAUGUACAGUACUGUGCAAAAGUCUUAGGCGUCCUAUUUUUUUUUUAGUACAAGUUUACAGUUAUAGAUUUUUAUUUUAUGAUUUCUACAUUAUCAAGUCAGGACAAAAACAUUUUAGAUUUCUCAGCAUUAGUUUUCCAGUCUCAAAUGGAAUUUUACAGAAAAAUGAUUGUAUGUCAGUAAAGAAAGCAGCAUUUUCUUUUCAGAAAAAAAAAAUAUAUAACAUAAUGAAGGUUGAUGGGUUUUGCUGCAAAAAGAAGAAACAAGUGU